CCUCGCCAGGAGGCUUUGCGGAGUUUAAAUGCGUCCGGGCGCUGUCGUCUUGAGGACUCUCGUAACGCCGCCGCCCGCUGCCGCCGCCGCUGCUGCUGCUACUGCCCCACGGUCCGUGAGUUUUGGCAGUCGUCAGCCUCCCCGCCAUGGCGGACCCUGCCGAGUGUAACAUCAAGGUGAUGUGCCGCGUACGGCCAAUUAACAAUUCGGAGGAGGCGCGGGGAGACAAAUUCAUCGCCAAGUUUCAAGGCAACGAUACCGUCAUCGUCUCGAAUAAACCGUACGUCUACGACGGCGUCUUUCACCCGGAGACAACGCAGGAGCAGGUGUACAACGCCUGCGCCAGGCAGAUUACUAAAGAUGUUCUCGAAGGCUAUAAUGGAACAAUUUUCGCUUACGGGCAGACUGCUUCUGGUAAAACACAUACCAUGGAGGGAGUGCUGCAUGACCCAGAACAUAUGGGUGUGAUUCCAAGAAUAGUGAAGGACAUAUUCCACUACAUUUACUCCAUGGAUGAAAAUCUUGAAUUCCACAUCAAGGUUUCAUACUUUGAAAUAUACCUUGACAAGAUAAGGGACCUCUUGGAUGUUUCAAAAACGAACUUGUCGGUGCACGAAGAUAAAAACAGGGUGCCGUAUGUCAAGGGGUGCACGGAGAGGUUUGUGUCCAGCCCGGAGGAGGUGAUGGACGUGAUUGAUGAAGGCAAAGCCAACAGACACGUGGCUGUGACCAACAUGAACGAGCACAGCUCACGCAGCCACAGCAUCUUCCUGAUCAACGUGAAGCAGGAGAACGUGGAGACGGAGCAGAAGCUCAGCGGGAAGCUCUACCUGGUGGACCUGGCUGGCAGCGAGAAGGUGAGCAAGACUGGGGCUGAGGGUUCCGUGCUGGAUGAGGCCAAGAACAUCAACAAGUCGCUGUCGGCUCUGGGCAACGUCAUCGCCGCCCUGGCCGAAGGCACCAGGACGCACGUGCCGUACCGCGACAGCAAGAUGACCCGCAUCCUGCAGGACUCGCUGGGCGGAAACUGUCGCACCACCGUCAUCAUCUGUUGCUCCCCGUCCAUCUACAACGAGGCCGAGACCAAGUCCACGCUGCUCUUCGGCCAGCGGGCGAAGACGAUCAAGAACACGGUGACCAUCAACAUGGAGCUGACGGCCGACGAGUGGAGGAAAAAGUACGAGAAAGAGAAGGAGAAGAACAAGACGCUGCGGGCGUUGCUGCACCGCCUGGAAAUGGAGCUCAAACGCUGGCGCUCAGGCGAGUCCGUGCCCGAGUCGGAGCGAUUCGACGUGAAGGACUGGAGGAGCCUGAAGGUUCUCGUCAGCGAGAGCCUUCAGGCCCCUCCAGGGCCCGUGCCGGCCUCCCCGGGCCUCGGCCUGACCAGCAGGCCCGUGUCCGACGAGGAGGCGCAGAAGUGCAAGCAGGAGAUCGCGAAGCUCUACAGCCAGCUAGACGACAAGGACGAGGAGAUCAAUCAGCAGAGCCAGGCGGUGGAAAAGCUGAAGCAGAAAUUGCUGGAGCAGGAGGAGCUCCUGAUAGCGUCGCACCGAGAGCAGAGCCUCGGGCAGGAGGAGCUCCUGCGCCUUCAGAACGACAACAAGGCGGCCAAGGAGGAGGUGAAGGAGGUGCUACAGGCCUUGGAGGAACUCGCCCUCAAUUACGACCAGAAGAAUCAGGAGGCCGAGGAGAAGACCUUCUUGUUUGAGGCGCUGAGCAAGGAUGUGCAGGAGCAGGCGAUAAAGUUGGCGACGAGAGAAGAGGAGUUCCGGCACCUCCAGGACGUGAACGCGCAGCAGAAGAGGCGCGUCGGCGACGUGAUGGCCGCCCUCGUCAAAGACCUCGGGGAAAUCGGCGUUGCCGUCGGCAGCAACGAACUCAAGGUCGCCGAUCCGAGCGCGGGCGGCGACGAGGACGUGGCGGCGGCGCGCCUCUACGCCGGCAAGGUGAAAGCCGAGGUGGCAGCGCUGUCCAAGCGCUGCCAGCAGAUGGAAAGCGCCCAGAGUGAGAACGGCCGCAGGGCGGAGGAGAGCCGGCAGGAGCUCGCCCGGUGUCAGCUGCUGGUGUCCCAGCACGAGGCCAAGAUCAAGUCGAUGAGCGACUACGUCCAGACGGUGGAGCAGAAGAAGAGGCUGCUGGAGGAGACUGUCGACAGCCUGAACGAGGACCUUGCCAACAUCAGCAGUCAGGAGCAAAUGAAAGAGACGGCUUUCAAGGACAAGGAGAAGGAGCACCAGGACAUGCUGCAGGACUCCACGAACAUGCAGAAAGCACUGGAGCAGCAGAUGGCCUUGCACAGGGAGACGCACCAGAAGCAGCUGUCGCGCCUGCGCGAUGAGAUCGAGGAGAAGCAGAAACUCAUCGACCGCCUCCAGGACGCGAACCGGUGCCACACGCUCGAACAGGACACACUGCGUGCCGAUUACCAGAAGCUGAAGGUCGAGGAGGAGGAAAAGAGCCAGAAACUCAACAAGCUUGCUGUCAUGAAUGACGGUCGUGAGCAGGCCAAGCAGGAGCUCAAAGGAUUGGAAGAGUCGGUGGCCAAAGAGCUGAAGACUUUGCACAACUUAAGGAAGAUGCUCGUUUCAGACCUGUCGGCAAAACUCAAACGGAAUUCAGACGCCGACGAGGACGCCGGGGGGAGCAUCGCUCAGAAGCACAGGAUCGCGUUCCUCGAGAAGAACGUGGAGCAGCUGCAUCAGGUGCACAAGCAGCUGGUGCGCGACAACGCCGAGCUGCGCUGUGAGCUGCCCAAGCUGGAGAAGCGCCUGCGGAGCACGGCGCAGCGCGUCAAGGACCUGGAAGCGGCGCUGCACGAAGCCAAGGAGGGCGCUGCCAAGCAGCGGCGGCAGUACCAGCACGAGGUGGAGCGCAUCAAGGAGGCCGUGCGCAAGCGUGGCGGCGCCCAGCGAGGCCACAUCGUGAAGCCAAUCCGUGCCGGACAGCAGCAAAUCACAUCCCCUUCCUACAUGAAGACCAUCCUGGGAGGGGAGGGAGAGGUGUUUCCCGCGGCUCAGCGUUCCGCCAGCGUGUCCACCGAGGACGAGGCGGUGGCCCGCACCAUGUCCAGAAAGGCCAGCGAGUGAACCUGGCCGCUCGCUCCGUGAGUGGCUUGGCCCCGCUGUGAACUCGGGGAACACCUGCCGGUGGACAGCAUCGCUCUCCGGAUUUCCACUAAACGAUGCCUCUGUCGGUGAAGAUGAGCACCGCGCUGGUUUUCGUCGUGUGCUCGGCGGUUGCCCUGUGAUUAAAAUCUUGACGAUACGUGGGGUGGAGAGUGGUGGUGGUGGUGGUGUAGGUGUAAGUGCGUCGCGCUGCGAACCUGGCAACCUGAGGUUGAUUUCCGGUCACGGUUGACGUCGGUGGGGAAUGAUGCCUGAAUUGGUCGCACCGCAUCAUUGUACCAUCCCCUGCACCAACCUCCAAGGACCAGCGUGGUGAAGCAUGGCCAAACAACCCCCAUGACCGACAAGGCGCGGUAAAGCCUUUGUCGAGCAAGCGGAUAGACAAAAUGGAUGAGAGUGUGUUUGUGACGUUAGUUAACUUAUUGCUAGAAUUACGUCGUUUUUAGUUUCCAUUGCUAAAAAUACAUUCUGGGGAAAUGGUUGGGAUUUAUUGGUUUUCAUAAAUCAUGCGUUAGUGUGGGAUAUGGGGUGAGUCAGAUUUACUAUGAAUCGACUUUAUAGAAUCAGAAAAUCUCAACACAUCCAUCAAUAACACUGCCUUAAAAUAAAAUAAAAAAAUAGCACGUUAAACGAUUUAAGUGAGUGAAUCAGAACCAUGGUCGUAACGUCUCCAAUUAUAUAUUUUUAAACCCACUCUUAUUGACGAAUGCAUUGAUUGUUGUUGUUUGUGCUUCACCGCCACUGCCAACACAGCAGCAGCAUCACCAAAUAAUGUUUAUUUCUAAAGAAUCAAGCGAGGGUAUCGCUAAACGUGCAUUGUGCGAAAUUCAGCAAAAACACACACGACAAAAAGCAGACAGUGUUCGAUGAAGCAUAGUGAAACAUAAAUCAAUACAUUUGCAAGACAAGAAAUUACUGUACAACUGAAAUCACGAUGCAUUUAAAUUGAAUAUAUAUCGGUGAUAUUUCAGAAAAAUGUAACCUAAAAUGUCAUCUAAUCUAGACUUUGUUCCUGCAGGACUGUACAUUAUUGCAACCUGUGACGCGUGGCAUCUUACGCUUGUGCACCGUUAGCAUCGCCAAACCUUUCUGAAUUUGAGAAUUAAUUCCACCAUCCCGACCGUCACGCCAGAAUGUUUACAGGCCAAAACAUAUUGCCGCGGCUAAUGCCGUAAUGAGAUACAUUAACGGCUUCUCGGCACGAGCAAUUGUUUUUUGAGCAUUCACAGCCCUCUCAUUCAUUCACAGCUACCAAUAAAAUCUCUUCCCGCCGAACUCGUAGCGGAUUGGGAGAGGUCCCAAAACAAGGCCCCGUGCCCAUUCCUGCACCGCCAUGGCCAGAACUGCCCCGCACAUUCACCUGCCGGAGUCUGGCACAGUCUGGGGUUGUCACCAGUCCUGGGGGAGGGGGGGAGACGGGGGUUUGCCCAGGAUCGUCCCGUUCUUUUUAUUUCUUUAAGGAAGCCAUCCUGGGGGGAAAAAAAAAAUCUCUUAAGUGGUCCCGCGACAAUAACAAUCACUACUCUUUGGUUAUUUCGGUAAAGUCACGUAGGUAUAAAAUCAAAACAAAUCACGACGUUUCGGGCGCAACACAAGCGUCUAUUUUUAAAACGACCUGCUUCAGCAGCAGAUCACGAUUUCCCACCUGAUGACGGACGCUUGUGUUGCGCCCGAAACGUCGUGAUUUAUUUUAUUUUCUACCGACGUGACUUUUAACGCAAGAACCAAAGAGUACGGAUUCCUGCAGUCACGACAGCUUCAAUAACAAUCACGUGAUUUUGUCAGGUGCAUAAUGUCACACACACACACGCGCAAUCCCACGACGACGCACGGAAAGCGCUCCCCUCUUCCCCUCUUGUGAAGAUACUCUUCUUAGAUUGACGCGUCCAUUUGUUGUUGUUGUUGCUGCUAACUCUGACGUGGCAACCCCUAUCCCAGCCCCAGCGCCGCUUUGCUCGGGUGAGUGAGAGCAGUACUAAGUGAACAGCAAGGGGCAUUGCUACCUGCUUGCCAAUUUAGGUAAUAAAACAUUUUAAAAAAAUAAA